UGGAAUCAGAAGGAAUGCCGGCGUAUAUCGUCCUUUUUCUCUCCUCCAGCUGGCUGCUUUUCGCUAAUGCUCGAUGUCACAGGCUUCAAUACAACUUCAUUGCCAUGUCCAAUCCUGAUCAAGAACGAUCCUCAUAUUCAGCUCUUGUCUAUCUAGAUGAUCAAUUAUUCCUUCAUUAUGACAGUAAGAACCAACUAGAGCUUCGGAACACUUCAUUUGAGAUGGUUGAGCAAACAGACAUUUGGAAGAAAGAGAUUGAGAAUCUGGAGGAGAUGAGAUGGAAACUCAGAACAACUCUGGCAAAAGUCACACAAAAAAAUCAAGAAAACACUAGGAUGGGGUCAGGGUCUCACACCCUGCAGGUAAUACUUGGCUGUGACCUCCAUAAAAAUGGCAAGACUAGAGGAUUUUUGAAAUAUGGCUAUGAUGGAGAAAACUUCCUCACCUUCCAACUGGAGACACUCACUUGGAAAGCAGACCAUCCUGCUGCUAUCAGCAUAAAGAAUGACUUUGACACAGAUUUAAUAGAAACAAAGCUCAAUAAAGCAAAAGUGGAACAAGAAUGUCCUAAUCAACUUCAGGCUUAUCUGGCAACUUGGAAGGAGAUAAAAGGUAGACUCCAAGAAUCCAUGGAACAUCAAGGAAAGAACCAAAUCGAGCCUGUAACCUCAGGUUCUGUUCAGAGCAGAAGUGGGUUAAUCCAGUUGUUAUUGCUGCUGCUGUUAUUGCUUUCUUUGUUGUAAGAAGAUGCAGAAGAUCCAAAGAAUGUAAAGUUGGAAGAUCUCGGAUCCCUGAAACUACAACACCCAAGAUUUCUCUCUGUAUUACCCACAAUUCCUUUUGCCUUGUGUAUACAUGGGUGCUUAAGCAGUCUGCAUUUAAUUUGGGUUUGCUUUGCCAUGCCCUCUCUUUCUUGCACGUGGAUUGAGUGCUGAUUGGUCCUGGUGACCCCAGCUCUUUCCUCCAUGUGAGGUGAGUGAGAAAGGUACCGUGCUUUUCUCUAGCUCUCUAAUUUAAUAUUAAUAAAUCCUUAUAAAUAUCAUA